UGAAACGCCCAAGAAACGCGAUUCUACAGUGGCCUUCACAAUCACAAAGAGACUCUGCAUUAGCUUAGGAGAGACAUGGUAGACCCUAUGGAACUGCUCCGAUCCAAUCUCUCGCGGGUUCGGAUCCCGGAACCCACCAAUCGCAUCUACAAGCAAGAAUGCUGCCUCACUUUCGAAACUCCGAGAUCAGAAGGUGGGUUGUUUAUCGACAUGAAUACGUUUCUUGCUUUUGGGAAGGACAGUGUGGCGUGGAAUUACGAGAAGACUGGGAACCCAGUUUAUUUGCAUAUAAAACAAACAAAAAAAGUGGUUCCUGAAGAUAGGCCAACGAAGAAACCGACUCUCUUGGCUAUAGGUGUUGAUGGGGGAUUUGACAACAGUGAACCUGAAUAUGAAGAAACUCACAAUAUAGUCAUAUUGCCUGAUUAUGUUACUCUUCCAUUUCCUUCAGUGGAGUUGCCAGAAAAGGUAAGGUUGGCAGUUGACGCUAUCUUGAUGGCUGAGGGUGCUGAGCGGAAAGAGCAAGUUGCAGCUUGGAUAGCUGAUAAGAAACAGAGAAGUGCAUACGCCAUGAAUUUGCAACAGAUUGACAAUGGCGUUAUUGUCCCUCCAUCUGGGUGGAGAUGUGCUAAGUGUGAUAAAAGGGACAAUCUUUGGCUAAAUCUGACUGAUGGAAUGAUCCAGUGUGGGAGGAGAAACUGGGAUGGUACCGGUGGCAACAACCAUGCUAUUGAUCACUACAAGGAGACUGGCUACCCUCUUGCUGUAAAGCUUGGAACAGUUACAGCUGAUCUGGAAGCAGCAGAUGUUUUCUCUUAUCCGGAAGAUGAAGGUGUUCUGGACCCGCUAUUAGCAGAGCAUCUGGCGCAUUUUGGCAUUGAUUUUUCAUCGUUGCAAAAGACUGAAAUGACAACUGCUGAGAGAGAACUUGACCAGAAUACCAAUUUUGAUUGGGACAGAAUCCAAGAAAGUGGACAGGAAGUGGAGCCAAUCUUUGGACCGGGUUAUACGGGACUUGUCAAUCUUGGAAACAGCUGCUACAUGGCAGCAACUAUGCAAGUGGUGUAUUCAACACGUUCCUUCCAUUCGCGAUACUAUAGAAACCAAAGUUUAAAAAUGGCUUUCGAGAUGGCUCCUGCUGAUCCAACCGUAGACCUGAAUAUGCAGUUAACUAAGCUGGCGCAUGGUUUGCUAUCUGGUAAAUACUCUAUGCCAGCACUGGAGAAAGAUGAUACUGCAAAUGCUGCCUCCACAACUGCAAGUGCUAAACAGGAAGGGAUACCCCCUCGUAUGUUCAAAGCAGUUAUUGCUGCUAGCCAUCCUGAAUUCUCUACAAUGAGACAACAGGAUGCCCUGGAAUUCUUCUUACAUUUUGUUGACCAAGUUGAACGGGCUAAUGCUGGGAAACCUGAAUUGGAUCCUGCAAGGAGUUUUAAGUUUGGUAUUGAAGAUCGAAUCUUAUGUUCAUCUGGAAAAGUUGCUUACAAUAGAAGGCUUGACUACAUUCUUUCAUUAAAUAUCCCACUGCAUGAGGCAACCAAUAAAGAAGAACUAGAAGCAUUUCACAAGUUCAAAGCAGAAAAAAUUUCAGAAGGAAUGGAAGUAUUCAGUGAUGAAAUUGUACGUCCAAGGGUACCGCUAGAAGCAUGCCUUGCAAACUUUUCAGCUCCAGAGGAGAUACAUGAUUUUUACAGCACUGCCUUGAAGGCUAAGACAACAGCAAUCAAGAGUGCAGGUCUAACUUCGUUCCCUGAUUACCUGGUGUUACACAUGCGUAAAUUUGUUAUGGAGGAGGGCUGGGUGCCAAAAAAGCUUGAUGUCUAUAUAGAUGUUCCUGAUAUCAUAGAUAUUAGUCACAUGCGCAGCAAGGGCCUUCAACUUGGGGAGGAGCUAUUACCAGACGGUGUUCCUGGGGGAGAGGUAGAAUCAAAUAUGCCCGUACCAAAUGAGGAUAUUGUUUCCCAGCUUGUCUCAAUGGGAUUCAACCAUCUUCAUUGUCAGAAAGCUGCCAUAAAGACCUCAAAUGCUGGCGUGGAAGAGGCAAUGAAUUGGUUACUUUCUCACAUGGAUGAUCCAGAUAUCGAUUUUCCAAUUUCUCAAGAGGCACAAGGUGCUGAGGCCUUCUUGUCAAGCGUUGACCAAUCAAAAGUUGAUACUUUGAUCUCAUUUGGUUUUACAGAAGAAAUUGCUAGGAAAGCACUGAAGGCUUCAGGUAGUGACAUUGAGAAAGCAACAGAUUGGAUAUUUAACAAUCCUGAAGCUUCUGUCCCAUCUGAUAUGGAUGCUACUACAUCAAACACUGCAUCUGAUCCCACUAGCGCUGGACUACCCGAUGGAGGAGGGAGGUACAGACUGAUUGGAAUAGUAAGCCACAUUGGAACCUCAACUCAAUGCGGUCACUAUGUGGCUCACAUCUUUAAAGAUGGGAGGUGGGUUAUUUUCAAUGAUGACAAAGUUGGGGCCUCCGUUAAUCCCCCCAAAGAUAUGGGGUAUUUAUAUUUCUUUGAGAGGCUUAACAGUUGAGAUACACCAAAAGGAUAGGAAAUACCAAUCAGCAGAAAAUAGGUACUAUGCAAUCUCAGAAUAUGAGCUAUCAUAUCAGCAAACUGUGCUUUGGGCCGUAGGGUCCUUGAAGUGCAGCUUUGACAGAUAUAUCGGAUUCUUUUUUCUUUUUUUAACAUAUUGAAUUUCCCAUAUUUUCAUUUUUCUUUGAAAUAAUAUUCUGCGUGUUUGUCAUUUUCAAUUUUGUAUUGAUUUCUAUUUCUGUGCC